UUUAUUAUUUUUUUUGCACAUUGAUCGGAUCCUUGGGAGAGAGAGAAAAAAGGAACCCAAACUCACGCGUGCAGAAGGAGAAGAGAUUUCCCCCCCCUCCCCUCCCCUCCUCCCUCUUUUCCCCUCCCCAGGAGAAAAAGACCCCAAAUCAAAAACUUCACCUUGGACUCUUCUUUUUCUUGCAAAUUUUUUUCGCAAAACUUUUUUUUUUGGUAAUUUUCCCCCCGUUUUUCCCCCUUUUAUUUUUCUUCCAAAAUUGCUGCUGGUGGGUGAAAAAAAUGCCGCAGCUGAACGGCGGUGGAGGAGAUGACCUAGGCGCCAACGAUGAGCUGAUCUCCUUCAAAGACGAAGGGGAGCAGGAGGAAAAAAUCUCGGAGAACUCCUCGGCCGAGAGGGAUUUAGCUGAUGUCAAAUCGUCCCUAGUCAAUGAAUCAGAAACGAAUCAAAACAGCUCCUCAGAUUCCGAGGCGGAAAGACGGCCCCCGCCUCGAUCCGAAAGUUUCAGAGAUAAAUCCAGAGAAAGUUUAGAAGAAGCCGCGAAGAGGCAAGAUGGAGGGUUGUUUAAGGGGCCACCGUACCCUGGUUAUCCCUUCAUUAUGAUACCCGACUUGACUAGCCCGUAUCUCCCCAACGGAUCCCUCUCUCCGACGGCAAGAACACUCCAUAUUCAGUCGGGGAGCACACAUUACUCUGCGUACAAAACGAUUGAACACCAGAUUGCAAUUCAGUAUCUCCAGAUGAAAUGGCCACUGCUUGAUGUUCAAGCAGGGAGCUUACAGAGUAGACAAGCCCUCAAGGAUGCAAGGUCUCCGUCUCCAGCACACAUUGUUUCUAACAAAGUGCCCGUUGUGCAGCACCCUCACCAUGUACACCCUCUUACGCCGCUUAUCACAUACAGCAAUGAGCACUUCACCCCAGGAAACCCACCUCCACACUUACCAGCCGACGUAGAUCCCAAAACAGGAAUUCCACGACCUCCACACCCUCCAGAUAUAUCUCCUUAUUACCCGCUAUCGCCUGGCACCGUAGGACAAAUCCCCCAUCCGCUAGGAUGGUUAGUACCACAGCAAGGUCAACCAGUUUACCCAAUCACGACGGGAGGAUUCAGGCAUCCCUACCCAACAGCUCUGACUGUCAACGCUUCCAUGUCAAGGUUUCCUCCUCAUAUGGUCCCACCACAUCAUACUUUACACACAACUGGAAUUCCUCAUCCAGCCAUAGUCACACCAACAGUCAAACAGGAAUCUUCCCAGAGUGAUGUUGGCUCACUCCAUAGCUCGAAACAUCAGGACUCCAAAAAAGAAGAAGAAAAGAAAAAGCCCCACAUAAAGAAACCUCUUAAUGCAUUCAUGUUGUAUAUGAAGGAAAUGAGAGCAAAAGUUGUAGCAGAAUGUACAUUGAAAGAAAGUGCAGCCAUCAACCAGAUCCUUGGUCGAAGGUGGCACGCGUUAUCCAGAGAAGAGCAAGCUAAAUACUACGAGCUCGCAAGAAAGGAACGACAGCUUCACAUGCAACUUUAUCCAGGCUGGUCCGCACGGGAUAACUAUGGGAAGAAGAAGAAGAGGAAAAGGGACAAGCAGCCAGGAGAGACUAAUGAACACAGCGAAUGUUUCCUAAAUCCUUGCCUUUCACUUCCUCCGAUUACAGACCUGAGCGCUCCUAAGAAAUGCCGAGCGCGCUUUGGCCUUGAUCAACAGAAUAACUGGUGCGGUCCCUGCAGGAGAAAAAAAAAGUGCGUUCGCUACAUACAAGGUGAAGGCAGCUGCCUCAGUCCACCCUCUUCAGAUGGAAGCUUAUUAGACUCCCCUCCUUCUUCUCCUAACAUGCUAGGCUCCCCUACCAGAGACUCCAAACCACAGACUGAACAAACCCAACCUCUCUCGCUUACAUUGAAACCCGACUCCCUGGCCCACCUCACGAUGAUGCCGCCGCCACCGCCCUCUCUCCUCUUGGCUGAGAGCGCCCACAGCAAGCCCAGCGCCUUGGCUGUCUCUGCUGCCCACUGUCAGAAUGGGGCCCUGGAUCUGCCGCCUUCCACUUUACAGCCAUCAGCUGCCCCCUCAUCGUCUCUAGCACAGCCGUCGACAUCUUCCUUACAUUCCCACAAUUCUUUGGCUGGGACCCAGCCCCAGCCACUCUCCCUUGUAACCAAGUCUUUAGAAUAGCUUUAGC